AUGAUUUCCACCAUGACCGUACCCGAGCAAGAAGAGUUGCUUGAGAAUUCAGAAGUCUUCAAGAUCAAAGGAAGAGACAAGCAUGGCCGCAAGAUCCUCCGCAUUAUCGGAAAAUUCUUCCCUGCUCGAUUGGUUAGCGUUGAUGUUUUGAAGAAUUAUCUGGAAGAAAGGAUUUUCCCGAAACUAGGGAAGAAGAAAUUCGCGAUACUUUACAUUCACACCGGUGUUCAGAGGAGCGAGAAUUUUCCCGGAAUCUCUUCUCUCCGGUCGAUUUACGACGCGAUUCCGGCGAGCGUGAAAGAGAAUUUAGAAGCGGUUUAUUUCAUUCAUCCUGGUUUACAGGCCCGUCUUUUUCUUGCUACGUUCGGCCGUUUCCUCUUCAACGCUGGGUUGUACGGAAAGCUAAGGUACGUUAGCAGGAUUGGUUAUCUAUGGGAAAACGUGAGGAGAAACGAUGUUAUGAUUCCAGAGUUCGUGUAUGAUCAUGAUGAAGAUUUGGAGUACCGUCCGAUGAUGGAUUACGGAUUAGAGAGUGAUCACGCAAGAGUUUACGAUAGUGCACCUGCACUAGAUUCGCCCUUCACCUCUUAUUCCAUGAGGUGUAUCUCAUAG